AUGGAUGUCAUCACCUCUGAGGUCGUCUACACAACGGUCACAAGCUGCCCAGUAGCGAGCACAACUCACACCGAGGGAGGAAGCACUUCGAUUGAGGUUGUUACCAGCGUCUCUACCUUCCUCACAACGGAUACUGUGACUAUCUGCACGAGAUGCACUGCUACGACCCCCUCGUUCACACCUGCAUCUAGCACCCCCGCUGCUGCUACCACCACUGCUACUGGCUCGGCUGUCAACACGCCUUCUAACUCGGGCUCCAGCGCCGCUGCUAGCACCCAGUCUUCCGCCGUCAGCUCGCCUGCUCCUACGACUAUGCUUAGCAGCUUCUCUCCAUUGCUUCCAACGUUCAAGAGCAUCAGUGACUCCGUCAAGAAGAUGAUCAAUGUAGAAAUCCAAGUCAUUGUCAAGACUGCCGCUGCAGCCGCUAUCUCCCAAACAUAA